AUGGAAGAUGCAGAGCGCUCGGACGCUGGAAGAGAAGCACGCGAUGUUUGGAGCGUGAAGGGUGAGAGUGUGCUCGAGUUGGGCGCUGGUGCCACUCUCCCCUUGGCCAUCUCCGCCAUCGUCAAUGCAUCCAGGGUGGUAGCUACCGAUCACCCCUCAUCCCCCGCAUUUGCUGGUGCGAUUAAAUUCAACAUGGACUAUAACCUUCGCAACCGGUCUUCCAACACCCAGAUUUCCAUCGAGCCACGCGAAUGGGGUGUUCUUGACAGUAACUUUGCCCUGCAGAAUAAGGGUGCCUUCACGCGCAUUAUCAUAGCAGACUGCUAUUGGAUGCCCGAGUAG